UCACAUCCGCUUGACUCGCUAUCGUGCUGGAAAAAGGACUUUGAGAAACUGCAGCGAUGUCAGUCCAGGUUGUGGCAGCGAAAAUGGCAGAGGUCGAACUCAAAGACGUCCCCACCGGCAAAGACCUGCCGGCUGAAUCCCCGGUGACACCCACGUCGGAGGGCAAGAACCUCCCCAGAAACGACCCGCACGAGGCCGGUUCCGCGGCUGCCGCGUCCCCUACCGCGGAGCCUUCCGCGAAAGCCGGGGAAGGAGGCACGGGCUUGCUCACCCCAAACCCGGCGAAGAUGCCUCAAGCGUCGUCUAUGAAACGCUCGGACCCGCAGCAGAACGGCGGGGAGGCGUUUGUCAACCGGGACGGAACCGUUGCUGAGGCUCCUCGCAUGAAAAAGAUCCAGUUUGCAGACCAGAAACAGGAGUUCAACAAGCGUCCCUCCAAGAUCGGACGGCGCUCUCUGUCCCGCUCCAUCUCCCAGUCCUCCACAGACAGCUACAGCUCAGCGGCAUCAUACACGGACAGCUCUGAUGACGAGACAUCUCCUCGUGACAAACAGCAGAAAAACUCCAAGGGCAACGGCGACUUCUGCAUCAAAAACAUCAAACAGGCUGACUUCGGCCGCAGAGAGAUCGAGAUAGCUGAGCAAGAGAUGCCAGCACUGAUGGCUCUGAGGAAGCGAGCCCAGGGGGAAAAACCCCUCGCUGGUGCCAAGAUUGUGGGCUGCACCCACAUCACUGCCCAGACUGCUGUGCUGAUGGAGACUCUGUCAGCUCUGGGCGCUCAGUGCAGAUGGGCAGCAUGCAACAUCUACUCCACCCAGAAUGAGGUGGCAGCUGCCCUGGCAGAGGGAGGUUUCAGUGUAUUUGCAUGGAAGGGAGAAUCAGAGGACGACUUCUGGUGGUGCAUCGACCGCUGUGUCAAUGUGGAAGGCUGGCAGCCCAACAUGAUCUUGGAUGACGGUGGUGACCUGACUCACUGGAUUUAUAAAAAAUAUCCCAGCAUGUUCAAGAAGAUCAAGGGCAUAGUAGAGGAGAGCGUUACUGGUGUGCACAGGUUAUAUCAGCUGUCCAAGGCUGGGAAACUCUGCGUUCCAGCCAUGAAUGUCAACGAUUCAGUCACCAAGCAGAAAUUUGACAACCUGUACUGCUGCAGAGAGUCCAUCUUAGACGGCCUGAAGAGGACUACUGACGUCAUGUUUGGAGGCAAACAGGUGGUGGUGUGUGGAUAUGGAGAGGUUGGAAAAGGCUGCUGUGCUGCCCUCAAAGCAAUGGGCUCCAUCGUCUACGUCACAGAGAUCGACCCCAUCUGUGCCUUGCAGGCCUGCAUGGACGGCUUCAGGCUGGUGAAACUCACCGAAGUCAUCAGACAAGUGGAUAUCGUCAUUACCUGCACAGGCAAUAAGAACGUUGUGGUGAGAGAGAACCUCGACCGCAUGAAGAACGGCUGCAUCGUCUGCAACAUGGGACAUUCCAACACUGAGAUCGAUGUGGCAAGUCUGCGGACUCCUGAACUCACCUGGGAGAGAGUGCGCUCUCAGGUGGACCACGUAAUCUGGCCUGAUGGAAAGAGGAUAGUCCUGCUGGCAGAGGGUCGUCUGCUGAACCUCAGCUGUUCCACUGUGCCCACUUUCGUUCUCUCAAUCACUGCCACCACCCAGGCACUGGCACUGAUAGAGCUCUACAAUGCCCCCGAAGGACGGUACAAACAGGAUGUUUACCUGCUGCCCAAGAAGAUGGAUGAGUAUGUGGCCAGCCUGCAUCUCCCAACAUUUGAUGCGCAUCUUACAGAGCUGAGCGACGAGCAGGCCAAGUACCUGGGCUUAAACAAGAACGGGCCCUUUAAGCCAAAUUACUAUAGGUAUUAGCCAAGUGUUGUGGGAAGAAGAACUCCGUGAAUCAUACAGACUCGUAGCGGAGGACAGGAGGACGGACGGACACAACAGCCAACACACCUGCUUUAUAUGUAAGGGAGAAGGGGGCGGAGCUCUGAACGAGCCUGCAGGGUGGGGGAGGGGAGGGGCGUGGCUUUCCCUGCUUAUGGCAGUCGUUUUAUUUAUCCCCCGCCUGAUAACAGUAAUAAUAACAAUAAUAACAUUAACUACACCUCGGAGCUGCUCCUGCCAUUCACCUCGAGCUAGCUCCCAAACCCCAUCUCCCUCUCACUCGUCAUUUCAUCAUUUCCACCCGGUCCUCUUGAGACGCUCAUUUGUAUGUCGAGUCGUAUGUAAACCCUCCAUCCUCCCUUCCACGUUGCCAGAUCUUUUAUCGUUUAUCUGUUAAAUAUGAAAUUACUGAAGCUAAAGAUAUAUACUAUAUUAAAAAAAAUCUUGAUUUUAAAAAAGAAAAAAAAACUGUGUGAAUGAAGACCACCUUUGAAGAUUUAUUUUGUGUCGGACAAUUUUUCCUGUCCCUUAUUUUUGUCGUAUUUUCUUUUCUACUUGUGAUUUUUUUUUUCUUCUCUUUUUUGUGUAU